AUACCCACAGUGAAAGAAAGAGCCCUAAUUAGCUUCCCUGUGUGUGUGCAAUGGCAAGAAGUGUGUCUUCGGAGCCUCUUGUUGUUGGGAGAGUGAUCGGAGAUGUGCUUGAUCCCUUCACCCAAAGCAUGAAGAUGACUGUUUCUUACAACAAUAAGCAAGUCUUCAAUGGCCAUGAGUUCUUUCCUUCUGCCGUUGCUGCUAAACCUAAGGCUGAAAUCCUUGGUGCUGACUUGAGAUCUUUCUUCACUUUGGUUAUGACAGACCCAGAUGUUCCAGGACCGAGUGAUCCUUAUUUAAGAGAGCAUUUACACUGGAUCGUGACAGACAUCCCUGGGACUACGGACGCCACAUUCGGAAGGGAGGUAAUAAGCUACGAGACUCCAAGGCCAAACAUAGGAAUCCACAGGUUCGUUUUUGUUCUGUUCAAACAGAAGCGAAGACAAACGGUGAGCGCACCCUCUUCAAGGGACCAUUUCAGCACACGAGUCUUCGCUGCCGAAAACGACCUCGGCGACCCCGUUGCUGCCGUCUACUUCAACGCUCAGAGAGAAACUGCCGCCAGACGACGCUAAAACCGCCGCGGACGGCGGCCCCAGCUGAUUAUACAAGACAAAAAGAAAAGAAAAAAUAUAUAUAUAAUGAUGGGUCUUCCAUUUCCCUAAAGAAUAAUAAUAAUAAUAAUAAUAAUCACUAAAGGGAGGGAGUUUCAGAUUUGUAUAUUAUAAAAAAUAUAUAUAUGUAUGGAUCAGGGUAAAUAAUUUGGACACGAAGAAAGGUGGAAAACGGCGUCGUUUUCUUUUCCUUUCUCGUGUGUCUAGUUGUGCAUGUA